AUGGUGGUGAUGCUUCUCCUCUGUGCAAGCCCUGUGUUUGCCACUGCUGCUGUUGCAGGGUUCCCCACAGACUGCAGCCGUCUCCGCAAGACCAGCCCCAGCGGGGUGUACGUCAUCCAGCCAGCGGGGUCACCCCCACGAGUGGUGUGGUGCGACAUGGACACCGAAGGCAAGGGCUGGACUGUCGUUCAGAGAAACUCUCAUGACACUGAGAUCACAUGGAAGCAAUCUUGGACCACCUACAAGUACGGCUUUGGGAAUGUGCAGGGAGAUCACUGGCUAGGCACCGAGUACCUGCACCUGCUGACACAGCAGGGCACCUACAAGGUCCGCUUCAUUGUGCGGAAUAAAGCCAACAUCACCCAUUAUGCCGAGUACGACAUCUUCAGGGUGGAGAGUGAGGCUAGUGGGUACCCGCUGCGGCUGGGCCGGUUUACUGGUGAUGGGGAUGACUAUCUGACCAGCUAUCACCCCAAGAAGGGUGGCAUUCAUGACAAUAUGAAGUUCAGCACAACCGACAGGGACCAGGACCAGUACAGUGGGAACUGUGCCAACAGCUAUGGGGGCUGGUGGUAUGACAGGUGCCAGAAUGUCCU